GGACAGAUCUCCCAUCUUUCAAGAUUGGCCAUCACACUGAAUGAACGCACAGAUUGCUCUGUGGUAAUCCUGUAAAACAAUGAGCGCCGAACGUCCAGACACUAUAGAGCUAAAGCUCUUUCACAACAAUUUCGCAAAGUACGCGUUUGUCAAAGACUCUGACCUUAGCUACGACGGGAUUAUCAACGCUUUCGAAAAUACUUUUACAGGCUUCGAUCAUAAACAUUUUGGAAUAGAGUUUUAUGAUGGAUCGCAUUAUGUAGAAUUGAAGGGCGACCAAAACCAUCUUCGGGUGUUGCGGGAGACGAUCAAACGGAGCGAAAAUGGACGAAAGGGCAUGCUUCGCUCGGUUGAGCAUCAAUUGGAGUUUUUGGGUAUGGAAACGUCAAGCAUCUCUACAAUUGUGGAGGCUUCCGUUCGCUUGUACGAAAAACUGUCCAAAGUGCACAGAAUGAGGCUAAAACUUGACCAUCUAAAAUCCAUAAUCAUUGUCACAAAGCCACGAGAGCCCUCCCUUGUUCCAUUAACAAAAGAAGUCGCCAUAUGGAUAAUAUGUCAUUUCUGCGUCGAUGUAUAUGUGGGCGAGCCAUUCAAGGAGCGGACCGAGUUUGGGUAUGACUCCCUCAUCAAGGAUGAGACCAUUAAAAAGCGCCUCAAGUUUUGGACGGAAGACGGGGUUAAAGCGAAUGCUGAGAAUAUAAGUCUGGCGGUCACACUUGGAGGCGAUGGAACUGUAUUGUACACCGCUAGCCUCUUUCAAAAAGCUGUCCCACCGGUCAUGUCCUUCCAUCUCGGCUCGCUGGGGUUUCUCACAAAUUUUCAAAUCAACGAAUAUCGACAGUCUCUCAAAAGCGUGUUGAGUGGAGAAGGACAUCAUGUUAAUUUACGACAGCGAUUGAGCUGUGCUGUAUACCGGUGGAAACUUCCCGUCCCUCAGCCCAGUACCGUCACGCAUUGUACGCGGCAUGACGUGGUGCGGACAAAUGGUGGAUGUAAAGACUGUGAGGAAUGGCCGACGGGGGAUCCAGAUUUUGGCACGCAGGUGUUGAAUGAGUUGGUCCUUGAUCGAGGACCCAACCCAGGGCUUUUGAUGCUCGAGUUAUACGUGGAUAACAUGUACCUCACCACAAUACAAGCCGAUGGUCUCGUUGUUGCGACUAGUACUGGUUCAACGGCGUAUUCGCUGAGUGCAGGUGGAUCACUUGUACACCCCGAUAAAAGUGCAAUUCUGAUCACACCUAUAUGUGCACAUACGUUGACGUGCCGUCCUAUGAUUCUUCCUGGGCGGAUGAAUUUGAGGAUCUGCGUGUCACCAAAUAGCCGUUCAACGGCAUGGGCCGGUUUCGACGCACGCGAUCGAAUGGAGCUAAAUAAGGCCGAUUCUGUAUGCGUAACGGCAUCGCGAUAUCCGUUCUUGCAGAUAUGCCACGAUGAUCAGACAAAGGACUGGUGCCGUUCACUGAUUUCUAGUCUACAUUGGAAUGAGCGGGAGCACCAAAAACCGUUGUUGUAGAGUGGUGCGUUACCAUAUUGCCUGCCAUGGACUUUUGUGUUUCCAGGUAGAUCCAUGAAGUGUUGGUAGCUCUAGCAUUCUUUGCAAGAUUUCUCUUUAUAUUAAUAGAUAGUUUACAAUUUCAAAUGCCGUAGUCUCC